AAAGCUUUCCCUGACAUAUUGCUUCUCCCCAUACUUGAACCAGCCCUCCGACUCGAGAAAUAUAUUGGAGGCACGUAAUCUCCACGACCGAGACUGUACGGCUUCGACCAUUCCACGUCGGUCGCGACAAGGAAUUGCUAAUAGUAACACCCCACUUUAUUUCCUUUGGAUCCAAUCCCCGAAUUGAUUAGCUGACCCUCCCUGCCACGUCUCUUACAUUUUUCGAUGGGCGGCCCAUCCUUUGCUCGCCCCGUUGGUGCCGCUGCUGACGUCAAAGAACUUGAGUACAUCUCCGCACUGCAUCAAACGGGAGACUCUGUAAGGUUGGAUGGCUCCAUAAAAGACGAAGAUAUACGCUUAUUUCUUUCGAGCCGCUACGGUAUCGACGUUUCCGCCAUCGAUGUUCGGCAAACGAUACUGAAGGGCAUGGGCGGUGAUCGUGACACGGAUGAUGACUUAGGCGACAACUGUCCAGAUGUCAUUGACGUAAUGGAGCUCACCGCCAUACUGCUCAUUCCCACACUGCUCAAGGCAGCAGCGCUUAAAGAAGAGGGUUCCAACAAUAUACCGAAUGGUCUGUUAAUGCCGCCACCUGACCUGUUGAAGUAUGUCCUGGAUAUGAUCUUGCAUGAUGUGACGGGAGAUCGCGUACCGAAACCGUUGACCACCAAUUUGUUACGCCGGGUGCUCCAGGCCUAUGGAGAAAGCGAGCUUGCCAACGACAUUGAUUUGCUACAGGAAAUGGUGGACUGCUGUAAAUGUGAUGGAACAGACAAUGAUGCCACCAAUCUGACGGUCAAGUCCUUUGCCAGGGGAUUGACCUACGACGUCAAAUUAUAUGAUAUUGGCAACGAAGUACGCGAGUCCACGCACUAUGAAGACGUCUUCCGUCAUCAAGAUCACCUUGUAGAAUACGACAAAAACAUUACGGACGGCAAGAAAACAAUACAAAAUGUUGCAACAGAGCCGACCCGAGUGCUGAAACGCAAGUACACUGCUGCAGCAAUUGACUUCACAGCUGGCACUUACCGUUCCAAGGGUCUGUCUAUCAUGCUCUGGGCCUGCACUUUGAUUUCAUAUUUCGCCUACGUCUUCGGCUCGGCCAACGAUAGCGCCAAAAAAGUGUGUGCCGAAAGUGAUUUAACGUAUGCCCUUUCUGCUCCCUGGCGUGAAAAUAGCGGAGCUGUGACUUGCGAAUCGGCUGUCAGUAUAGUCAUCUGGGUUUCUUUUUACUUCAUCUUUUCUAUUUUUGGCUUGACCGUGGUUGGCUUGGGAAGUAUUGGAAAUGACGUGUACAGCCAACAAUGGUGGAUUCCAUUGAUCGGAGCUACCGUGGUGGCAGUGUUUGUCUUUGUCCCUUUUUUCGAUGAAACCGCUGACGCUUCGACGGGAGGACGCUAUCUGAAUGUGGCGUCGUUGGCGUUGGGUAUCAUCACCUGUACUUUUCAUCUCCUGCACGCCAUUGCUCUGAUGACACCAAUCUGGGUCACCGAACGUUACACUGCCCUUCGAACACUGCUGCGUUCCAGUACAAUUGAGGGAGAAAUGCAUGUCAAGACGGCGGGUGCCCUGAAGGUGCACAAAAUGAUUAACAACGCGUUGUACGUGGUUCAACACAAUGAAAAAGAAUCCGUCUUAAAUUCGCAUUUCAGUCAAGCUCUAUUCAACUUUCCCAAAAGGGGCAUCCGCGAGUGCAAAAUAGUGGGAGGCCUAAGCUGGAGUUGGCAAGGUAUACUCAGUCGGCGCAUGUUUUCUGAGGAAGGGGUCUGGUAUUCGACACGCUUGCUGGCUAGUAAUUUGGCUCAGUACGUUGUUUCUGUGUACAUCUUAAUCACUGGUAUUAAGUUGAUUCAAGUUGUCUCAGACAACUACAAUCUUGAAGUUGCACAAGAACAACUGAGCAGUGUGCUGGAACGCGUGCUUGAUACUUCAGUCAAUGAAGAGCUUGUUAACUCCAUGGCUGCAGAGAUUGGUCUUUUGGUGAGCUCUUUUGUAAAAAGUAUGAAUGCUACCAAUAUAUCAAACGUAAAUUGCUCAAGCCUCGGCGGUUUCAACGGAUCUGAUGUAAUUGACGAGUUUUGUCGUUCAAGUGAGGGCUUUUUGCAGUGCAACUCAGCCGCCAAUGUCAACUACUUGUGUGCCUUGUUGGAUGGCCCAAGUACUUUGGACGGACUAGAUCAGUUAGGACUACUCAAUGCUUCGGGCUUUGAUGUUAACGUGUUGAUGGAGACGGUAAGAGAAAUAUUACAAGAAUCCGCGAACAAAACGGUCGAAUCGCUCUAUCCUUCGUCACGGUUCAUGGUAACUGUUCCUACUGCAGUAGCAGUGGUCGUUGCUACGGCGUGCGCCUUGUAUUUGGCCAUAACCUAUGUUCCAAGCGUCACUAGCACAAUCCUCAAAUUGCGAUGUGGUGUCUUGCCCAGCUUGGAGCGUCCAGACUUUGCUAGAUUGCGGUGCGCGCCAGAUAGCGUGUCAUUGCUGACCGGAUCUCUCUUUUGGGGCUGUCUAGGCUCUUCGCUUGUGACGGGCAGCUUUUUUGGUGCAAUUGUCUUCUUUUUUUGCUGGCAAGGUUCGGUCUACUUUGCGCAGCGUUUGACCGCUUUAGUCAUUGGAAUUCUAUCGAUCACACUCAUUCGAACAGUAAUUGUCGUUUGCUGUCGGUUAUCCUUUUACAAAGCGUUUUACCGCAAAAGGCCAGCGGCGGCGAACAUUAGUAUUUUGGCGUUGGAAUGGGCUAAUUUUUCGUUGAGUGCCGGAUUUGUGGUUGCUCGUACGGUAAAAUUACUCUUGGUCGCGGCCUUUUCCGUCGGACGCAUCGACCAGCCCUUUUUGGCGGAGGGAAUUGGUUUUGUCGGCCCAAUCGAGUUAGACGGUUAUCCAACAAUUCACAUGCGCGACGUUCUUUUGAACGAAGCCCAUCGUCACCCUUACAUUGAAAUGCUGGGUACCAUGUAUCUGAUGAAGCUUCGGUAUGGCGACAAUUUCGGGAGGAAUGCUGGUAGUUGCUGGCGUCUAGUCUUUGUGUACGCGCUCAUGCCGUGGCUGCACAAGUACCGUGUCUUGACUCGCCCGGAUCUCUUUUCUAAGGAAGCCUCGAUUGUGGAAGGGUCCGAGAAUGAUCGCGGACUCAAAUCUUUGCAAUUUGUAAGUUUGAAAAGGCUGUUUGCGGAUGGGGAUGCCCCCCGCAGGGAAGCGAUGCUCAAUCCCAUUCUCGAGGUAGACUCUUGCGCCUGCGGUACAGAGGCAUUUGUCCAACAAGAGGGUCCGCCCAGUACUGUUCAGACUGAACCACACCAAGACGUCAUCGAUCUGCUUCAUUUACGCGUCAAAGAGUUAGAGUCUGAACUGGCGACCAUACGUUCGGGUGCACCGGGCGAGAAAGAGUUGGAAAGUCAUUGUUCCACCAGCAUCGAGUGAUCAUGCACUCAUCGCGAGCUGUGUACACGUCGGCAUCAAAUAUUAUUUUCUAUCCUGGCCAACAAGUGGGGAACCAUCAGAGAGGAGUAGUAAUUGCGCAUACUAUAGUGAUUUAGUACACG